GAGGGUGGCGGCCGCCGGUGCGCGCGGGGCGCUGUGUGUGCGCGCUCUCCCUCUCGGGGAGGAAGAUGGCCCAGAAGGGAAAGUUGGGGUGACGCGAGCAGCCCCCGGAGGCUCGGCGGGGGCCGCCGCGGCGAGCCCGACGGAGCGGCAGCCAGGCAGGCCGGGGGGGUGGGGGUGGGUGGCGGGGGGGCGCGCAGUCCGGGUGCCUCCGCCGCCGCCGAGGCGCCCGCCCCCUCACUGCAGGUGGCCGCGGGUGCCCCGGGUCCGGGCGGGCGCGCGGGGGAGCCCGGCUGAGGGAUGGGCUGCGCCCCCAGCAUCCACGUCUCGCAGAGCGGCGUGAUCUACUGCCGGGACUCGGACGAGUCCAACUCGCCCCGCCAGACCACCAGCGUGUCGCAGGGCCCCGCGGCCCCCCUGCACGGCCUCUUCGUCCAGACCGACGCCGCCGACGUUAUUCUCCCGAGCCGCGCGUCGGGACCCCCGGGCGCCACUCGCGUCCGCAGGGCCCGCGCCGAGCUGGGCAGCGGCGGCAGCAGCAGCAGCGGCAGCGCGGGCUCCGCAGCCCCCGCCGCGACCACCUGCAGGGGCCGGAGGCGGCACUGCUGCAGCAGCGCGGAGGCCGAGACCCAGACCAGCUACACCAGCGUCAAGCAGGUCUCUUCAGCAGAGGUGCGCAUUGGGCCCAUGAGACUGACACAGGAUCCUAUUCAGGUUUUGCUGAUCUUUGCAAAGGAAGAUAGUCAGAGUGAUGGAUUCUGGUGGGCCUGUGACAGAGCUGGUUAUAGAUGCAAUAUUGCUCGGACUCCAGAGUCAGCCCUUGAAUGCUUUCUAGAUAAACAUCAUGAAAUUAUCGUAAUAGAUCACAGACAAACUCGAAACUUUGAUGCAGAAGCGGUGUGCAGGUCGAUCCGGGCCACAAAUCCUUCCGAGCACACAGUGAUCCUUGCGGUGGUUUCACAAGCAUCGGGUGACCGUGAAGAGGCCUCGGUCCUCCCUCUCCUGCAUGCAGGCUUCAACAGGAGAUUUAUGGAGAAUAGCAGCAUAAUUGCUUGCUAUAACGAACUGAUUCAAAUAGAACACGGGGAAGUUCGCUCUCAGUUCAAAUUACGGGCCUGUAAUUCAGUGUUUACAGCAUUAGACCACUGUCACGAAGCCAUAGAAAUUACAAGCGAUGACCAUGUGAUUCAGUACGUCAACCCAGCCUUUGAAAGGAUGAUGGGCUACCACAAAGGCGAGCUGCUGGGGAAAGAGCUCGCCGAGCUGCCCAAAAGUGAUAAGAACCGGGCCGACCUUCUCGACACCAUCAACACCUGCAUCAAGAAGGGCAAGGAGUGGCAGGGGGUUUACUAUGCGAGACGGAAAUCCGGGGACAGCAUCCAACAGCACGUGAAGAUCACCCCGGUGAUUGGCCAAGGAGGGAAAAUUAGGCAUUUUGUCUCCCUCAAGAAACUGUGUUGUACCACUGACAAUAAUAAGCAGCUUCACAAGGUUCAUCGUGAUUCAGGAGACAAUUCUCAGACAGAGUCUCACUCAUUCAGAUACAAGAACAGAAGGAAAGAGUCCAUUGAUGUGAAAUCGAUAUCAUCUCGAGGCAGUGAUGCCAAGCUGAGCCACCAGAACCAGAACCAGAUACGACUUCCUUUAUUCUCUUCAGCACCAAGCCUACAGAAUCGUCGCUAUCCAUCCAUGGCAAGGAUCCAUUCCAUGACCAUCGAGGCUCCCAUCACAAAGGUUAUAAAUAUCAUCAAUGCAGCCCAAGAGAACAGCCCUGUUACAGUAGCAGAAGCCUUGGACAGAGUUCUAGAAAUUUUACGGACCACAGAACUGUAUUCCCCUCAGCUGGGUACCAAAGAUGAAGAUCCCCACACCAGUGAUCUCGUUGGAGGCCUGAUGACUGAUGGCUUGAGAAGGUUGUCAGGAAACGAGUAUGUGUUCACUAAGAAUGUGCACCAGAGUCACAGUCACCUUGCGAUGCCAAUAACCAUCAACGAUGUCCCCCCUUGUAUCGCUCGAUUACUUGAUAACGAAGAAAGCUGGGAGUUCAACAUCUUUGAAUUGGAAGCUGUUACACAUAAAAGGCCAUUGGUUUACCUGGGCUUAAAGGUAUUUUCUCGGUUUGGAGUUUGUGAAUUUUUACACUGCUCUGAAACUACUCUUCGCUCCUGGCUCCAACUGAUUGAAGCCAACUACCACUCCUCCAAUGCCUACCAUAACUCCACCCAUGCCGCCGAUGUCCUGCAUGCCACUGCCUUCUUCCUCGGAAAGGAACGAGUGAAGGGAAGCCUUGAUCAGCUGGAUGAGGUGGCAGCACUGAUCGCCGCCACAGUGCAUGACGUGGAUCACCCAGGAAGGACCAACUCCUUCCUGUGCAAUGCAGGCAGUGAACUCGCCGUGCUCUAUAACGACACCGCUGUCCUGGAGAGCCACCACACCGCACUGGCUUUCCAGCUCACAGCCAAGGACAGCAAGUGCAACAUUUUCAAGAACAUUGACAGGACCCAUUAUCGAACACUGCGCCAGGCUAUUAUUGACAUGGUUUUAGCAACAGAGAUGACCAAACACUUUGAACAUGUGAACAAAUUUGUGAACAGCAUCAAUAAGCCAAUGGCAGCUGAGAUUGAGGGCAGUGACUGUGAAUGCAACCCUACUGGGAAGAACUUUCCUGAAAACCAAAUCCUGAUCAAGCGUAUGAUGAUCAAGUGUGCUGAUGUAGCCAACCCUUGUCGCCCCCUGGACCUGUGCAUCGAAUGGGCUGGGAGGAUCUCUGAGGAGUAUUUUGCACAGACUGAUGAGGAGAAGAGACAGGGGCUCCCUGUGGUGAUGCCAGUGUUUGACCGGAACACCUGCAGCAUCCCCAAAUCCCAAAUCUCCUUCAUUGACUACUUCAUAACAGACAUGUUUGAUGCUUGGGAUGCCUUUGCCCAUCUGCCAGGCCUGAUGCAACAUCUGGCUGAUAACUACAAACACUGGAAGACAUUAGAUGACCUCAAGUGCAAAAGUCUGAGGCUUCCAUCUGACAGCUAGAGCCAAGACAGAAGGGGACCUCGUGAUCUGCAAAGGGCACUGUGAAUCACAGUCAUGUAAAUAAGAGGCAUUCCUUUCUAGUGAAAAGGACAGGUGUAGGUGAAAGAGAUGGUGGGUUUUUUUGUUGUUGUUUUUUAAAGACUUUAUUCAUUUAUUUGACAGAGAGAGAGAGAUAGCGAGAGCAGGAACACAAGCAGGGGGAGUGAGGGAGAGGGAGAAGCGGGCUCCCCGCUCAGCAGGGAGCCCGAUGCGGGGCUUGAUCCCAGGACCCUGGGAUCAUGACCUGAGCCGAAGGCAGACGCUUAAUGACUGAGCCACCCAGGCGCCCCAAAGAGAUGGUGUUUAAUAUUGGACUCUGAAUCAUCCAAGUCCCCAAACUGCAUUUUUAGAAAGUUACAUUCCAUGAAGAAAAAUACAUGUUCUUUUGAACACUGAAGUGACAGAAUAAACACAGGGCAAAAUCCUUCGUCCUGUUGUCACCCUGUCUGUCCUCAUCAAACCAUGGAGCUCAUUUACUAUAACUAGCAGGACACACGCAGCAAAGACUUGGUGCCUGUGAGCCCAUCUUGCUGGAUGACAAAGUAGCUUAGCUAGUGUUCAGCUCGUCUCUUACCAUAAAAGUCACCGUCACUGUUUAGCUUGACUAUUUUCCUCAAGAGUCUCAGGCUGAAGAAUUCAUAAUACGUAAGGAAAAAAAUGAGCAAAACAACUAGGACCAAAUUACUGAUAAACGAGUUAGUUUCACCGCCUCUAUGGCUAAGCAGUUCCUUUGCUCAGCGGAGUGACACCCAAGGCCAACCACUGCCUUGGCCUGGUGAGUGCCUGCUGUAGACCGGUAGCAGCACCUUUGUGGCUGUGUGGCCCUCCUUCCUAGAAGAGGAAUUCAGCCUAACACAAAGCCCUUCAUGAUGGGCAAGGGACUGACACCUUGUUUGGGGGGUGGAAUCCAAGAGCUUCCCUUAUUCCUGGUUUACAGAGGCAGUCACAAGGCACUAUGGUGAGUAUAUAAAAGCCAUUAAAUUUGAAUGCCCUUGGAUAAGCUUUAAAAAAAAAAAAAUUUAUAUACGUUUGCUGUUUAAAAUUUUUAUUAAAGCACUCUAAAUUUA